UAGCUUGCCCAACGGCAGUGUCGGUAAGUUUUGAACCCCAAGACAUAUGCUGAAUCGUCACCCGUACCUUUAGGCUGGUAUUGGGCUGACGCUGUCUUGGCAGAGGCCUUGUUUCAUGGAGCCAGGGCGAGUUUUGAAGGAAUUCUCUCCCUCUAGAAAUGAUUUCAGGUCAUUUGGUUCUGCCGCCCGGAAAUCGUGGAGGCCAUCGCCAUUCCCAGGUUACAGUGGUCCGAGACUAUCAGGCUUGUAUUCCUUUCACCAGGGUUCUUGGAGAAGGUGACAUUGUACUACUUCUGACUCCUGUCAUCACACCUCAUGAACAAAAUGGCAGUGAUCCCUUUGAGCCAUUUGGGCGAACAUUGGCCGCAAGACAUCCGUGGAUUAGGCAUGUUCCAUACACCGCGCGAAACGGAAUCACCAGCACGCAUGUAGCUUUCAUAAAGCGGGCGAAGGUGGUCAUAUUUAUCAUAACAAAUCCACCCAAUUCUAGGCAACUGUCGCAAGUCGAGAUUGCCGAGGCGUCUCAGACUGUUGGAGAUGAAAAACUCCAUGUUGUUGUUGCGUGUGGAAAUGCUGACGACUUGGGGCUUAUUGAAGCAAGCUUUCCGACAAUCAUACAGUCUAGGUCCUCUCUACUAGAGCUUCAUGCGGUGGCGGCCGUUCUUUUUGGAGAAUCCUCGGGGGCUGGUACGAGUACAGUCAAAGUCCAGGAGCUGAUGAUACCUCCAAAGCAUUGGCCACCGGAGGAAUGGGACGGGCUCGAUGUCACUCCAGUCCAUGAUCUCUGGAAUCGUUGUUUACCCGAUCAGUUUCACCUUGAGGAGUUUCCUCUACGAAACUUGCUUCAGCGGGAUGGAUACGCCAAGCAUUUCAUUGUCAGGCUCCCGGACACGGGCGAAAUAAUAGGUUUCUGCGCAACCUACACUACGUAUGUUGACAAAGAUGAAGAGCGACUGAUUGGGUCGCUUGCUAUCGUCAUAGUCAAGUCACCAUAUAGAAGGCGCGGUAUAGGAAGAAGUCUUUACGAUCACGCGUUAAGGCAGUUGAAGAGGAUCCGGGGCGUAGAUCGUCUCAGGCUAGGCUCGACAUAUCCCCGAUUAUUGAGCGGCAUACCAGCACGUUCCCCUUCGGAAGAGUGGUUCCAAAGGCGCGGGUGGACUAUGGAUAGACUUGGCCCCGGACGAGGGGAGUAUAUCUGCGACUGGUUGCUCAAAAUAGACGACUGGCCGAAUGGAGGAGUAUCAACAGGCCCCCCCGGCUUGGCUUUUCGUCCAGCUACUUUCAGUGAUUUCGAAACUGUAUCAGACUUCAUUGAGAAAGAGACUACGCACAAAGAUUAUACGGGUUGGUACGACCAGUAUAUGAACCUAGCCCACGACGGGCGAUUCGACGAUAUUAUUCUAGGGACGGAGAGAUCACGAAUCAUUGCUGCGGCAUUAGUCUACACGUCCCGCGAUGGUAGUUCAUUGGCAUUGGACAUUCCAUGGGCUCGGACGAUAGGACAUGAUGUGGGAGGUGUGACAUGCAUAUGCAUUGCAGGUUGGUCAUUUAUUUAUUAAUUUGGUGAGACGAAUUGGCUUACUAGAGAGUAGAUGACAAUGGAUCAAUGAUGAGUAGCAGGGAUACUGUUAUGAUCAGGCUCCUUGACGCGUGUAUCACAGUGCUACGGAAACACGGAAUGCAGCGUGUCUAUCUCGACGCUAUCAAAGGUGGUGACGAAGGAUUUCAAUCAAUGGGCUUCCAAAAAUGGGCCAAGUA